AUGGAAGGAGAAGGUUCGCUGGAGUUUCAGGAGUGGGAGGUUCAUUCCGACGCCGAGGCUGUUGUGGUUAGGUCCCCUGUAUUGGAGGAGAAUCGGAGGAGUUUCGAGGAGAUCGAGGUGGAUUCCGCUGGCUUAUCAGGUUGGAUUACUUCUGUAUUAGAAAAGAUAGGAUGUUUGAUAAGUCUGUUGUUGCUUGAGCUGCCGGUGCAAGGGGCAUCACAUUGGACCCAAGUAAGGUUGCUACCAGUGUCGAUAUCUAGCUCGAAGGCCUUUGGUGGAUUGCCUAUGUUUAUCGAGAUCAUGGUGAGGAAGGAGAAGAAGUUGUUCAUUGCUUUCACUUGGCUGGUGGUGGUGCUUAUUGUGGCCGCCAUUGGUGUUAAUGUUGUGCCUGCCACUCGCCAACAGAGCUUCGAGCAUCUGUUACUUUAUGGAAUGGAGUUUGAUCAGCUGGUGAGCGAUCUUUUGAGCUGCGAGGCGAAGUGUGAAUCAGGUUUAGAGGAGAAUGUGAAGAGUCGCCAACUGGGUUUUGAAGAAAUUGAGCAGAAGGUAGGGAAUGAGAAAGAUAUGACCAAGUUCUGGUCUGGUUCUGUUGGUGAUGGUUUGGUUUUGGGUUCUGGAGGUUAUGAGCAAGGAGCUUGGAGCUUGGAGCUUAAAGUUACCCUUGAUGAUAAGGUGUCGCAGUUCAUGAGCCGUGCUGCACGACUGAACGAAGCAUUCUCCGUCGUGAGACGGGUUCCCAUUGUUCGGCCUAUGCUACCAGCUGCUGGUGUGAACCCAUGGCCUGUGAUGGGCAUGGAAUUAACUAACGCCAGAGAUUUCUUGUGUAGUUGA